UCAUACCCCACGUCACCGAAACAUGGCUUCAACCUUCAAAUUUUAUCUUCUCCAUCUCUUUCAUUCAAUUUUAUCGUUAUUUAGAAUCCCAAAGUCCUUGUCUGACACACACUGAAUCAAUCAAAUAAAUCUUCAUCACCAUUCAAACCUUCUAUCUUGUUCUCUUCUCUCCUCCAUUCUCAUUACUUCUUCUCUGUUUUUAACCAGCUUCACAAACAUAUAUAUAUAACCCUUUGUUUGACCUUUCUUGAGGGUAUUUUCAAUGUUGAGAUUUGCACGUUUCGUCUCUACUUUAUAUUUUUGUUGGUGUCUUAUUUUUGAAAUUACCGAAUUAAUUUGAUUUUGAUUGAUUGAUUCUGGGAUAUCCCUAUACGCUUCCAAAAAUUUGUUCUUUUUUGAACAGAAACGCAAUUUGAAGAUGCUGGAUUAAACCCUUUUAUUCAAUUGUUACAAUUUUUUUGGAUUGAAGUUAGGGUUUCUUCAAGGGAGGAGAAAAGGGGGAGAUACAGAAAAAAAAAAUCAUAAAGGUAUUUUUUUUUCUCUUUUGGGUUAAGUUUUGAAUCUUUUUUCUAUGGAUAUUAGUAAUGAAGCUAGCGUUGAUCCAUUUUCAAUUGGACCAUCAUCAAUUCUAGGUCGAACAAUUGCUUUUAGGAUUUUACUGUUUAGCUCAAUUUCACAAUUAAAGCAAAGAAUUUAUCGAAUUUUAUUGAUUUGGUUGAGUAGAUUUAAGAAAACUGUGUUUCCUGUGAUAUCAUGGUUUCAUCCUCGAAACCCUCAAGGGAUUUUAGUCAUGGUAACAUUAGUAGCUUUCUUAUUGAAAAGAUAUACAAAUUUAAAACAAAGAGCUGAUUUAGCUUAUAGAAGGAAAUUCUGGAGGAACAUGAUGAGAACAGCAUUGACGUAUGAAGAAUGGGCUCAUGGAGCUAAAAUGUUAGAUAAAGAGACUCCCAAAAUGAAUGAAUCUGAUCUUUACGAUGAAGAAUUAGUGAGGAAUAAGCUUGAAGAGUUGAAACAUCGAAGGCAGGAAGGGUCUUUAAGGGAUAUUAUUUUCUGUAUGAGAGCUGAUUUGAUUAGGAAUUUGGGGAAUAUGUGUAAUCCAGAGCUUCAUAAAGGAAGGCUUCAAGUGCCCAAAUUGAUUAAAGAGUAUAUUGAUGAAGUUUCCACUCAGUUGAGGAUGGUUUGUGAUUCCGAUUCUGAGGAGCUUCUUUUAGAAGAAAAGCUUGCUUUCAUGCAUGAGACUAGACAUGCUUUUGGAAGAACAGCCUUGUUGUUGAGUGGCGGUGCAUCUCUGGGUGCUUUUCAUGUCGGUGUAGUGAAAACACUAGUUGAACAUAAACUUUUACCUCGAAUUAUAGCAGGUUCUAGUGUUGGAUCAAUUAUGUGUUCAAUUGUUGCUACCAAGUCGUGGCCAGAGUUGCAGAGCUUUUUCGAAGAUUCAUGGCAUUCUUUGCAGUUUUUCGAUCAAAUGGGUGGGAUUUUUACUGUUGUUAAGAGGGUAAUGACACAAGGAGCUGUUCAUGAUAUUCGGAAGUUGCAGGUGUUGUUAAGGAAUUUGACCAGUAAUCUAACGUUUCAAGAGGCUUAUGAUAUGACGGGCAGGGUCUUAGGUGUUACAGUUUGCUCUCCAAGGAAACAUGAGCCUCCCAGAUGUCUUAACUACUUAACAUCUCCUCAUGUUGUUAUAUGGAGUGCUGUGACUGCUUCUUGCGCAUUUCCUGGUUUGUUCGAGGCUCAAGAAUUGAUGGCAAAAGAUAGAAGUGGUGAAAUUGUUCCUUAUCACCCUCCAUUUCACCUAGGACCCGAUGAGGCUUCCAGCCUUCCUGUUAGAAGGUGGAGGGACGGUAGUUUGGAGAGCGAUUUACCCAUGAUACAGCUCAAGGAAUUGUUUAAUGUCAAUCAUUUCAUUGUUAGUCAGGCCAACCCUCACAUUGCACCAUUUUUGAGGCUGAAAGAGAUUGUGAGAGCUUAUGGAGGAAAUUUCGCUGCCAAGCUUGCUCAUCUAGCUGAGAUGGAGGUAAAGCAUAGAUGUCAUCAGCUAUUGGAACUUGGCUUUCCUUUGGGUGGAUUGGCUAAACUUUUCGCUCAAGAUUGGGAGGGUGAUGUCACUGUUGUUAUGCCUGCCACACUUGCUCAGUACUCAAAAAUUAUACAGAACCCAUCUCAUGUGGAGCUUCAAAAGGCUGCCAACCAAGGCAGGAGGUGCACAUGGGAGAAGCUUUCUGCAAUUAAAAGCAAUUGUGGCAUUGAGCUUGCAUUGGACGAAUGUGUUGCCCUCCUCAACCACAUGCGAAGGCUCAAGAGGAGUGCCGAGAGAGCCGCUGCUUCACAUGGACACGGACUAGCCUCCACCGUUAGGUUUAAUGCCUCCAAGAGGAUACCCUCAUGGAACUGCAUCGCUCGUGAAAACUCAGCUGGGUCCCUCGAAGAAGACGUCAUUUCCGAAGUUGUAUCUCAGAUGCAAAGAGCAGGUGGUGGGUCGACAAGUAGGAAUUUCCGUGUUCACCGGAACAUCCAUGAUGGGAGUGAUAGUGAUUCAGAGAGCAUUGACCUUAAUUCAUGGACAAGAUCUGGUGGGCCCUUGAUGAGGACAGCAUCUGCAAACAAGUUUGUGGACUAUGUCCAAAAUUUAGAUGCUGAUCCAGAAUUAAACAAAUCGUCUUGGAUUAGGGGGGAGGAUGAGGUCAAAGGAGUGACAGUGCCACCAAAUAUCAUCAUUCAAAUGGUUAGUAGGGAUUCUUAUUAUCAGAGUAGUUCCAGAGUAACCACGCCAGACCGAAACCCUGAGAUUGUUGACUGGGAUCAGCGUGUGGAUAGCAGUGUCAACAGAACUUCAUCCGGUACUUCUAGCAUUACGAUUACUGAAGGAGAUCUUCUUCAACCUGAAAGGAUCCAUAACGGAAUUAUCUUUAAUGUUGUGAAGAAGGAAGAUCUAGCAGUAUCUCACUCAGGUCAUGAGUCCGAUACUUACCACAGUUCAUCUCCCAGCCCUGCGGCUGAGUGUGUUCAGCUCGAGCCUCUAGGUAAAGAUAUGGAUUCAGGUUCAACAUCUGAAACUGAAGAUGAAAAAGUGGUACCUGAAAACGGCCAAAGUGAUGAAACUGAUCUCAAUUAAAUUCAGGUAAAGACCUUUGCAGAAAUACGCCGACAAUUAUUUCUACGGCUGAAGGAGUUUUUCUUCUUCAUUUGUUUCAUUUUUUUGUACUUUGUAUGUCAAUUUAAAGUGGUUUUACAUCUCCACACAGUUAGAUUAAGAUGCUGCUAUUUCGGGGAAAGAAUAAGCAGGAUACCAGGCUCCCCUGUUAGAUAUAUAUAUACAUGUAAUGUAGUUGUUGGAUACAGGCAAUAUCCCCGAUGUAAAAUGAUACAGACAAACAAAAACUGCUGGAAAAUGUAAAAGCGUUAGCACUGUAAAUCUAAAUAACAUUGUUUCUGAA